AUACCGGAAGUGAAUAUGUUCUGUGAACUUCACUCUUGACUUCACUCUUGUGAGCCUUUUCUGCUGCUGCUUUAUUAGAAAAAAAGGCUCCAUGAGUGGGACAUUGUGACAGUAAUGCCCUUGGAGGUGAAAUGGCCGUUCCCACAGCGCCCCCACCUGGGCUGGAGGCUGUCAGGUUCUCUGAUCAUGGGUAUGGUGGGAUCCUACAGCCUCUUCUGGACCAAGUACUUAAACUAUAUGACAGUGCACAACCAGGAAGUGUUGCUGGACUUGAUUGAUCAGCGCCCUCCUGACACGCCCCUUAUUACCCUGUCCAAUCACCAGUCCUGCAUGGAUGACCCACACAUCUGGGGAAUUUUGAAAUUGAGGCAUCUCUGGAACUUCAGGAAAAUGAGAUGUUUCUCCUGCAGGACUCCUGCUGCCUCUGAUAUCUGCUUCACCAGUGAGGUCUACUCCCAGUUCUUCAGCAGGGGGAAGUGUGUGCCUGUGUGCCGAGGUGACGGUGUGUAUCAGAAAGGCAUGGAUUUCAUCCUGGAGAAGUUAAACAAAGGAGAUUGGGUUCACAUAUUCCCAGAGGGGAAGGUAAAUAUGACGCAAGAGUUCAUCAGGCUAAAAUGGGGAGUGGGGCGAUUGAUAGCGGACUGUUCACUUCGCCCUGUAAUCCUUCCUCUGUGGCACAUAGGGAUGAACGAUGUUCUUCCAAAUACAGCCCCUUACAUCCCAAGGGCUGGACAGAAAAUAACGGUUUUGGUGGGGAAGCCUUUUACUGUUACACACCUGCUGGAAAUAUUAAAGUCUGAGAACAAAAACCAAGUGUGUUCGUUGACGCGCCUGUCUGUACCUGUGUCCAGGUGGAGGUGAGGAAGGCUGUGACGGACUUCAUCCAGGGGGAGUUUCGCAGCUUGAAGUCCCAGGCGGAGGCCCUUCAUCAGCGGAUGCAGAAGGCCGGGCGAUAGCCAGGCCCCAGGCCGGGCCUGCGUACCCGCGGCUCACAGUUCACACACAGCACAGGCUGACGACUGUUCACCGCUAACUUCUGUGGAAAGGCUGAUGGCCUCUGGGACCACACUGCAGAAAUCUGAGUUCCUCGGGCCCUGGGGGGCGCUAUGAGCGUGGCUCCGCCCUCCGGGAGCCGCUGGAGCCAAGAGGGCAAGGAUGACCACUUCCUGCUCUCUGCGGUUUCACAGGAACAGGAAAUAGCCUUCAGGCUGACCUUUCCCCUUUCCAUGCAGACAGGAACAGGAAAUAGCCUCUAGGCUGACAUUUCUCCUAUCCAGGCCCUCAGGAACAGGAAAUAGCCUUCAGGCUGUCCUUCCCCUUUCCGUGCCCACAGGAACAGGAAGUAGCCUCCAGACUGACCUUUUUUUUACACCCCCCCAGGAACAGGAAAUAGCCUCCAGGUUGACCUUUCGCCUUUACAAACCCACAAGAGAAGCUCAUCUUUGUUGCCAUAAUUCUUUGAAAUAUCAAACCUUGGUAUCUUUGAAUUAAAUGUUUUGAACAUGAAAAAUGUUCACUUUUUGAAAUUCA